UUGCAGUCUCUUUCCUCAAACAUGACAUUCAAGGUAUUUGCACUUGCCUCCCUUGUGGUGGUCGCCAUGGCCCUUCCAGAUAGUCCGCCUACAUAUGGCUAUUCUGCUCCCACACCCUCUUAUGCACCCGCUAAGUACGACUUCAACUACGCCGUAAACGACCCACCAUCUGGCAACGACUUCGGACAUCAGGAAGCCCGUGAUGGUGACAACACACAGGGAUCCUACUAUGUCCUUCUUCCCGACGGUCGUCUUCAGAGGGUGACCUACAAUGUGAACGGAGAUUCCGGUUACGUGGCUGAUGUCACUUACGAGGGAGAGGCUCAGUACCCCACCCCAAAGGCCUCCUAUGGUCCUCCUCAGCCAUCUUACAAGCCGCCCACCCCCUCCUAUGCUUAGGAUGUAGUGCCUCAGAUAUUUAUUGAUCUCGAAACUUUGUAAAUGCUAAGUAUUAAAGAAGCAUACGUCGA